CCGUUCCUCCAGUGAGACAACGUGCUCGGCUCUAUUUUUGCGGCAUGUGUCAACGCUCUUAGCUACAGAACUGGUCAGUUGAACUUUUUGUGCAAAAAGAAAAAAACAGACUGACAAUGGCCCCCAAAAAGCAGCCAGUGACCAAAACGCUAAAACGGAACAGACGUCGGCUCGAGGAAGUGCGGCGGCAGGACGAUGAGGAGGUGGAGAUGGAGGGAAACUUCAGCCUUAUCAGCAAAGACAACAGUAGAGAUGGAAACCCUGAACCAGAGGAUGGAGCGGGGCAGGAAGACGAUGAUCUGGGUUUAGAGGAGGGGUCCGGUGAGGAGUGGAGCUGCUCAGAGGUUCCCGAUGAAGACAAUGACAGCAGCGAGACUGGAUCAGACGGUGACUCUGAUGAUGGAGAUGACAGGGGACAUGGAGACAUCAGACAGAGACACAGUCAAAUAAAGACUGAAGAUGAUAUCAGAAAAGAACUAUCAACAAUGUCUUUUGAGGACAUCAUGAAGUUGCAAAAUAAAGUGGGGAGAAAGGUUUACAAUGAAGUGGCCUAUGGGGAAAAAACUGAGGCAGGACCAGCGAAGAAGAAGAAGCGUCUUAAUAAGAAUAGACCUAUGGAGAUAUCAUCCAAAAAGCCUGCUCCUUUUCUUAGACAAGUAGUGCCUGUUAAAAAGAAGCUACUGAGAGACCCUCGGUUUGACAACCUCUCUGGAGAGUUCAAGCCAGAAAUUUUUGAGAAGACGUACAGUUUCCUUAAUGACGUCAAGCAAAAAGAAAAGAUGGAAGUUCAAAAGAUGCUUAAGAAAGUCAAAGAGCCAAAUAAGAAGGAGCAACUCCAGCUGCUGUUACGGAGAAUGGUGAACCAGGAGAGUGCCCAGGAGAGCAAGGCACGCCGUCGAGAGAAGGAGCUGGAGUUCAAGAAAAAGCAGCGGCAGCUUGUGGAGCAGGGGCACAGACCGUUCUUCCUCAAGAAGUCUGACAAGCGCAAGUUGGAGCUCGCAGAAAAAUACAGUGAUCUGAAGAAGAGCGGGAAAUUGGAGAAUUUCCUAAAGAAGAAGAGGAAACGCAAUGCUGUUAAGGACCGCAAGAAGCUGCCCUUCACUCUGAAGGUUCAGUGAAUGUAGACCGGUGGUGUGAAGAGAAUAUAAUUCUUGUACUCUAUAUUCUUCAAAGCAGAAUUUGAGGCCAUUAGUGGAGUAAGUAUAGGGUACAAGUACCAUCUAAGUCAAAUGUACUAAAUACUUAAAUGUAAAAAAAAAAAAAAAAAAAAAUU